UCGCAGAGAUUGCACUCUCAGCAUGCCACUUGUUAUAUUGUUUAGGAGCCCGUUGGUUUUUGCCGCAAUGGUCGUUAACCUCCGAAUGACCCCGUGUGGAGCCCACGCCUCAGAGAGCGCCGCAGACGCGCAGUGCAGCAAUUGCGCCAGAGGAUGGCGCACCACGACAAUCCAAAACACCCAAACCGUGGCUCAGAGCUUGCCCUAGCCACGAGCGCAUGGAGGCGCGCGCCCUUCACAUCCCACCCAGUAUUUCCUGCGUGCACGAGUUUACCUCUGGAGGUCACCAAGCAGGAUUUACGACUGGUCAACAAAAGCACGUGAUACUCUGCCGUACCCCAUAUUUGGGUGCCUACGUAAGAGAGAAUCAAGUCCAUGGUCCCACUCAUUUCCAUAAUUCAUCAUAAAUUGUGCAAGGGUGCUAUAGGACGCGCUAAACCAUAAGAGCCACAAAUCAAGCACACAGGUUUAUGCUGUUUUACCUCUGAAAUAAUAAAAAAAACAACAACAAUACCUACAACGAGCAAACGGUGGAAUUGUCAACAAAUGAGCUCCUAUUUUGUGAACUCAUUCUGCGGUCGCUAUCCCAAUGGCGCGGACUUCCAGUUACAUAAUUAUGGAGACCAUAAUACGGCAAACGAGCAAUACAGAGACUCAACAGCCAUGCACUCCAGCAGGUAUGGCUAUGGCUACAACGGGAUGGACCUAACAGUCGGGCGGACCGGUACCGGACACUUUGUGGGCAGCGAGCGGACACCGGGCUACUCCUCAGCGGCGACAACACCCUCCUCGGUGGAGCGUCAGGUACACCCAGUCCGCCAGCAGCACCGGGACAUCGUCUCUAUCGCCACCACUGACCCACUACCGUGCUCCUCGGUCGCAAGCUCGUCUCCGGUCACCGAGACUCCAUCUCAACACCGAGCCGUGAAAAACUCUAUAACGACCCCGUGCUCAACCCCGUGCUCGAGCUCGAACGGAGGCACGCUGCUGCUCAGCCGGGACUGUGUGUCCAAAGCUUCUCCCCUCGAGGAGGAGAAGCCAGCGGGAAGCGCACCAACAACUCCUCAAACCGAGUCAACACAGCCUCAGAUAUAUCCGUGGAUGAGAAAACUACAUAUAAAUCACGAUUUGUCAGGACCAGAGGGGAAGAGAGCCAGGACUGCAUACACCCGCUAUCAGACCCUGGAGCUGGAGAAGGAGUUCCACUUCAACCGGUACCUGACCCGCAGGCGGAGGAUCGAGAUAGCCCAUGCCCUCUGCCUCUCAGAGAGACAGAUCAAAAUCUGGUUUCAGAACCGCAGGAUGAAGUGGAAGAAAGACAACAAGCUGAAGAGCAUGAACAUGGCGGCUGCAGGCGGGGGAGGCUACAGGCCUUGAUAUCCAAAUCCUCAUAACGAGCACUAUAUAAAAAAAAAUAAGAUUGUCAUAUCAACUUCUACUUCUGAUUAAAAAAAAGCGCAGAGACUUGUGAGCGGGGCUGUGUGCGGGACAGGGGACACCCCACCUGAGCCCUCUGUAUGUCAGACAACCGUCCCAUUAUAUUCCUUAAUAUUAUUUCCUUUUUUAUUUCCACCGUGGUAAUGCUUAUGUGCGUAAAAAAAAUGCAUAAUGUACAGUUCUGUUUAGAUUUAGUAGAAAAAAGCAACAAUAAAUGUUUGUUUAAAUUAUUUCUUGUUCAGACGAAAAAAUAAAAAAGCUUGAAAUGAUACCUACCUACCGCAAAUAAAUCCAGUAAAAAGUUGUGUGAUGCACUCAGAACAAAUACCAGCCUAAUAAAUAGAGGGUUGAGGUUGAGCUGCCUUGGUGUUUAGCCUUCGUUUUCUAUGUAUGUACUGUAUAUGUAUGUAUUUAUUUGUUUGAUGUAUUGUACCAACUUGUCAAUAACUUGCUUCCAAAAGUAGAGCCAGCAGUAUGUGGUUAUUGUGUGCGUUGUGAACACAUGUAUGGACAGAGGUGCCGACUCAGUCUUGUAUGUACAGUAGACUUGCAUCGUUUUUUUUGUUCAGUUGUUUUUCUGCAGGAGCUUCUGUUUGUCACCUGGGCGCAACAUGUUAGUUAAAAAGUGUGUUUUGUCUUGCUUUUCUUUAGCUAUUUUUAUGUGGAGGGUCCCCACAGUCAAUUUCAUAGCCUAUGUGUAUAAACUCCAUCGUGAUUAGCUUUUUGUAAAUGUUUUUAAAAGACUGGAAGUCAAGAAUAUACUAUAACAAUGAUGAUGAUGAUGGCCAUUAUAAUAAAAUUUCUACUGG